AUGGAACCCGAACUGAAUCAAGCUGACAGGUUUUACACAGUUGUCUCUCCAACCUUUGCUGCCGCCAUUGCUGAAAAAAGCCUUCCGGAGUUUGCGGCAAGACGGAUUCUGUCAUACAGAGUUAGCAUGAUUGAACGGCUCUUUGCCAAAGACCAUGGUUGGCGGUGGGAGGAAGCCAACAUGGGGACUGUGGUUUGUGUGGCUAUACUGCUAGGACCAUGGUUGGCGAGGGUCAGUGGGAGGGAACCAAUCAUUGCAUUAGUCCUGCGGCUUGCUCUGCAUUCUUGCAGGCUCUCAAGGACCUUAGUUGGCAUGGGUCAGUGGUGGGGACGUCAACUAUAA